ACACAUUUCCCUCAACAAAAAUGAACAGAAGCUGCGUCAGUUGCGCCACGUCCAAGGUCCGAUGCGACCUCGACAAGAAGGGUUUUCCGUGCUCGCGAUGUCAACAGAAGAAGUCAACGUGCGUGAAAGCUGGCCGCAAGAAACGAACGAGGAAAACGACGCCCAGCAUCGCCAGUUCAAACCCGUCGCCACAGGGGAUCGCACAGCAAAAUGAACCGCAGCCACCGCUCGAGCAGAAUGUCGACUUUUCAUUCUUUGACACAUCAUCCUUUGGCGAAAUUGACUUUCUAUCACAACUCGUUGACAUCGAAAGCAUGGUUGACAUGAGUAGUUGGACAUGGAGCCCUAGCCAUAUGACAUCGCCCAUUGGCGAAAACACCGUACCUGGCAACAAUGAUCUCUGGACCGGUAUGAGAACAAAUGACGGACUCGUCUGCCCGGAUAACUUCCGACUUCCAGCCGACUUCCUUCUUGAGCUUGACGGCCCAGAGACCAUCCCUGUGCAUCGCCUUGAGACGCUGGCCAGGCUCUUCUUCUCGCACUUUCACUCUUCACUUCCACUAUUGCAUGUUCCAACAUUCUGUCUAGCUUCAUCGCCUUCUGUUCUUAUUCGAACAAUUUGCUUUAUCGGCGCCGGUUUUGAAAGAGAUUCUAUUUCUACGACGGAAGCAAAGUUACUUUACGGCUCUCUUCCAUCACAGCUGGCUAAGUCCUGUCUUCGUUCCAACGGAAGCUCGCCAACCUUUCAAGAACUACAGGCUCUGGUACUGCUACAGUUUGCUGCUAUGGCGAACGGAGGAAGUGUCGAAAGAGCUGCGUCUCGGCUCAUACAUCCGCUCCUCGUCGCAGCAAUACGACACGAAGGUCUUCUCAAGGUUCACGGCGAAUGUACCAAAGCUACACGCAAUGCACACUUUUGGACAUCGUGGAUACAAAAAGAGUCAAACAAACGAGUGCUUUGGGGCGUGUAUGCAGUUGACUGCUACCAGUCAAUACUUUGUGGCAGUAAACCCAUUCUAUCCCCGACAGAUACGAGGGCCUCUUUCCCAUGCGACGAUGCCAGCUGGACGGCUUGCUCUGCAUCUCUAUGGGCUGCACUACCAGCCCAAGAUCCUUCUAGCUGUUUCCUGUCCUCCGUUAAAGGCCUCAUGGGAGGCCAUGCUCCUGCUGAGACAAAUCUGACAGCCUUUGGAAUGAAUCUUUUGGUCUUGGCAGUCAACUCGCUUUUGCUCGAAGCCCAAACGUCAAUAUUACCCGUCGAUACUUCGGCUCUGGAAUCGGCACUUCAGACUUGGUAUGCGUCUUGGCAACAAUUUCAAACGCAGUCCCAAAACGCCAGCGAUAGAAGGGCGAACUCUGUCCUCAUCACGAACAGUUUGUCCUUGUACCGUUUAGGGGUCCACUUUCUCAGAAAUGGACGGCCUCUUCUGUAUGAAAAGGCUUAUCUGGAAAGGUCUACUGACACUCGGAACCCUCUAAUUAUCAAAGAGCAGGUAUAUCAAGACGAAAUGAUGAAAUACGUGAGGGGAGUUCUUGAUGCGUUUGUAGAAGCAUAAUUCCAAAAUCUGAGACUUUGAUAGCCUAAAUUGAAAGGAUAGGGCGCCGAGAGCAAGGUUCUAAUAUUAAAUACAUACUUGAGAAAACUCGCUGCUUUUUACAGUAGG